AUGAACAGCACCCAGCCCAGCCCUGUCGCCUUCUUCAUCAUCCAGGGCCUGGCCAGUCUGGCUGAGAAGAAGAUGGUCCUGUUUAUCAUCUUCCUGCUGGCCUACACCAUCAUCCUAGGAGGAAACAUCAUGAUCAUCUACCUGGUACUGUACAUUGUACACGCACAGCCAGAACCAGAUCACAACAACAUUAGAUAGAGAUUGUGUUAUAAGAGAGACCAUGAGUUGUAGCAAGUGUAAGUAAUCAAAAGGUUUCAUUCAGGUCCUCUCACUGAGAAUUUGUUCUAAGGGCCCAUAGACUACACUAUACUCCUCAGGAGUCAGGACUCUUGAACUCUUGAGAUUUAUGGCUAGGGCCCAGAGUUUCCCCUGGUCGAGUCAUGUUGUCGGGAAAAACUCUCUGCUUGGCCUAUUUAUGACAUCACUGUCUAAUCCCUCUCUUUGUCUCAUCCUACAGGUGCGGACCGACCCGAAGCUGGGCUCCCCCAUGUACUUCUUCCUCCACAACCUAUCCUUCGUGGAUAUGGUCUACACCACGGUCACCAUCCCCAACAUGUUGUCAGGCUUCCUGACUGAGGUCAAGACUGUGUCCGUCCCCGGCUGCUUCUUCCAGAUGUACUGCUUCAUCCACAUGGGUGUCACCGGCCGCGCCCUGCUGACCGUCAUGGCCUACGACCGCUAUGUGGCCAUAUGUAAUCCUCUCCGCUAUGCCGCUGUGAUGACCCGCCCCGUCUGCCUGCUCCUCAUCAUUGGGGCGUGGACCUUCGGCGCCAUCUGCACCUUCCCGUCCACUACCAUGGCAAUGCAGCGUUCAUACUGCGGACCCAACGUGGUGCGCCACUGCUGGUGCGACCCGUCCUCAGUGAGGCUGCUGGUGUGUGGGGACACUCAGGUGGACAGUAUCGUGUCACUGUCCAUUGCCGUCGUAGCGCUGCUCACCACGGGUGUGCUCAUCCUCACUUCCUACAUCCUCAUCGGUGUGACGAUAGCUAAAAUGAGCGCCGCCCAGCGACUGAAGGCGUUCACCACCUGUGCCGCCCACCUGACGGUUGUGUCCAUUUCUUACAGCUCUGCCUCAUUCGUCUACAUCUCCUACCGUGUGGGAAACUUCUCUCCAGAGGUGACCCUCCUCUUCAUCCUCUUUCUCCCCCUCCCCCUUUCUCUGUUCUAAUUACUGUUUAACUCUGCCAUCAGACAACCUUCAGUCAACACUGGGAAUUCUACAUUCACCAGUUGAAAAGUUUGACUGAUAUUUGUGCCAUUACUCUGGUUACCCAUGUCCUCUGAUUUGUCAUUUCACCGUUGAUGUCUACUGGCAUGCAAAAGGUGUUCCCACCAGGAGAUGGCAGUGUUGUAUCAAUUGUGUGUAACAUAUUGUACUGAUGCUCUUCAGUUGUUGUAGGUUUGUGUCAUAAUGCCAGGGCUGUGAUAAUCCUAAUAACAUGGUUGGGGUCAAUUCCAUUUAAUUUUCAGUCAAUUAAGAAAGUAAACCAAAUUCCAAUUGUAAUUCCAUUUUCCUAAUUGAAAAGCAUUGAAGAUAAUUGGAAUUUCAGAGUACUUCCUGAAUUGAUUGGAAUUUAAAUGGAAUAGAACCAUCCCUAAUAAUGCUAUGUUUAUGGGUGAAUAUGAUCAAGGUCAUGCUGUUAAUAAUGUUGUGAUAAGGUUGGAUAACAUUGUGUUGAUGUUGUAGGUGCGUAUCAUUGUUGUAUAAUAAUGGGUAUCUUUGCGUUUAUUAUAAUGUGGUGGGGGGUAUGUAUCGUUGUUGUAUUGUAGUUGUCUUAAUGUUGUAUUCAUGUUGUGUUAUUGUUGUAGGUGCGUAUCAUUGUGUCGGUGUUGUACUCGGCUCUGACUCCUUUCCUGAACCCAAUGAUCUACAGCCUGAGGAACAAGGAGCUGAGAGAGGCCAUCAAGAGGGUCUUCUGCCGACAUAGAGCCGUCUCACCGCAGGGCCGCAAAACACUCAACACACUGUCCUGA